GUCAGCGUCAGCCACGGCCACGAAUAAUAGGAAACACGAUUUUUACAUCGUAACGAUUUAAAAAUUGUUUAAAUUGAUAAAACAAUAGAAUAAAACAAGUUCUUCAACUCAGUUUUCCAAGUGCUGAUAGAAAAAGUGAAAUUAUUCAUCUAACUAUGUCAUAAAGAAGAUGAACUCUGAGUAACAUCCGCGCAUCUUCCGUCGUUGCGGUCGAAAAGUAUUUUCUCGGGAAAAAAUAAGUGACAAAAGAUGCCUUUUGUUAACAUCAAAAAGCAAUAUUUUGUAAUCGGGAUGUUAUUUUUUGUAGUUUUAUUUUUGUUUAAUAGUCGACCUGCAUUUCAAUGUCAAUUUACGCCCGAAAUCAUUCCGUAUAUUCCAACAAUCUAUGGGAUAACUCCAACGUACGCAAGACUUGCACAAAAGGCAGAUCUUACAAGAUUGUCGCAGACCUUGAUGCUGGUGAAGAACUUCCACUGGAUUGUUAUUGAAGACUCUAGUACAAAAACCAAAUUAGUUGAAAACCUACUCAAAGAAUCUAUGCUCAAGUAUACACAUCUGAAUGUAAAAACCCACAAGUUAAAACACUCAACGGCAAGUGGUGUUGAGCAAAGGAAUGUAGCUUUGAACUGGCUCCGUGAACAUUUAAUGAAGAUUCAUGAUACAAAGGGUGUUGUUUACUUUAUGGAUGAUGAUAACACAUAUUCUCUUAAAGUUUUUGAUGAGAUGCGAAAAAUUAAGAAAGUUGGAGUAUGGCCUGUUGGUAUAGUGGGUGGCAUGAGAGUAGAAAUGCCACUUGUGACUGAUGGAAAAGUGUCCGGGUUCAAUGCUGUUUGGAAACCGUUCAGACCAUUCCCAAUAGAUAUGGCCGGAUUUGCUAUCAAUGCUACAUUGUUUAUAGACCACCCCGAGGCUAAGUUUUCGAGAAAAGUUCAAUCUGGUUACCAGGAAAGUGAAAUUCUCAAGUAUGUGGUUACAAAAGAAGAAUUGGAACCGCUGGCGGAAAACUGCACCAAAGUGUAUGUGUGGCACACACGCACACAAACACCGUCAAUACUCAAUCCGAAGAAGUUGAAGCAUCCUCCAUUGCCCGAUGGCCAUAUAGAAGUGUGAAUUUCAAACCUUCAGCUAUAUUCAACUUUGAAUUCAAUAUCGU